CACUGUAUAAAUACAGGGGUUCGAAUUAGGGUUGCACAGAGACUCAGGCUGCAGAGAGGCGCAGGUGCAGAGAGUCACACAGAAGGUUCUGAGGGCUGACAAGGACAGACUCUUCGGGAUGAAGUGGGUGUUCCUCCUGAGUCUUGCUGGGGUUGUGCAGGUGCUGUCUGCCCCAGCAGAGACAGGCUGUGCAGAGGGAGAGUUCUGUCGCUGCCCCAUCCACGGCUUCACCCACUGGCUCAGGAUCGGGAAUAAAUGCUUCAGCUACCAUGGGCACCCUGUGAAUUUCUUCCAGGCUGAGGCCCAGUGCCGGAGAUAUUCAUGCAAAGGCCACCUGGCCUCCAUCCACAGCUGUUUCGAGAAUCACCAGAUCUACAGCCUCAUCAUUGCAAGGAACUACACGUACCCCAGGACCUGGAUCGGGGGGCUACGCCACAACAGGUGUAACGGUUUUCGAUGGACAGAUGGCAGCUGCUGGAACUACAAUAACUGGUAUCCUGGAGAGCCGAACAACCAAUUUGGCCGUGAAUACUGCACUGAAAUAAAUUUUGGUGGUAAGUGGGCCUAUAGGGCGGUAUGAACUGGUGUGAGUCUG